CCAUGAACAGCUCGGCAGUGGGCUCCGAGGCGGGCUGGCAGCCCGAAUCGGUCAUCAUCCCGCUGGCGUACCUCAUCAUCUUCCUCGUGGGCACGGUGGGCAACUGCCUGGUCCUGGCCGUGCUGCUACGGAACGGGCAGGUGAAGAACACCACCAACCUCUUCAUCCUCAAUCUGGGGGUGGCCGACCUCUGCUUCAUCCUCUUCUGCGUCCCCUUCCAAGCCACCAUCUACACCCUGGAGGGCUGGGUGUUCGGGCCCUUCAUGUGCAAGGCCGUCCACUUCUUCAUCUACCUCACCAUGUAUGCCAGCAGCUUCACCUUGACCACCGUCUCCCUCGACAGGUAUUUGGCCAUACGAUACCCCCUGCACUCAAGGGAGCUGAGGACACCCAGGAACGCCCUCACGGCCAUCUGCUUCAUCUGGGGGCUUUCCUUCAUCUUCUCAAGCCCUUACCUCAGUUACUACCAGGAGUUCCAGUUGGCCAACCUGACCGUCUGCCACCCCAUCUGGGAGAUCUCCCAGCGCAAGGUCAUGGACAUCUGCACCUUCAUCUUCAGCUACAUCAUCCCAGUGCUGAUCCUGAGCCUCACCUAUGUGCGGACUAUUCACUACCUGUGGAGGUCCGUGGACCCUCUCCAAGACAUGUCAGAGUCCAAGGCAGCCAAGCGGAAGGUCACCAGGAUGAUCAUCAUUGUAGCCGUCCUAUUCUGCCUCUGUUGGCUGCCCCAUCACCUGGUCAUCCUCUGCGUCUGGUUCGGGUACUUCCCCCUCAAUCAUGCUACAUACGUGCUCCGCAUCCUCUCACAUCUCAUCUCCUACGCCAACUCCUGUGUGAACCCCAUCGUCUACGCUCUGGUCUCCAAACACUUCCGCAAGGGCUUCAAGAAGAUCUUCAGCUGCCUCUUGCACAAGAGGGCAGCCAACAAGGUGCACGUGGCCCAGGUGACAAACACUGUCAGCACGCUGGAGGCAGAGCUCAGUGAGGUGACCCACAUCAGCGAAGCCCUGCCCGGGUGCUCUUCCAUGCACUGCAAGGUCCCAGCCCAGCCCUGGGAGGAGGCAGAGCUGGUGGGACACCAGCAGAAAGCAGAUGGCUCCUUCAUCACCUUCAAAGUCACCUAGCAGAGCUUCUUCCUAUCCCACGGCUUUGCAGUCUCCUGCAGCAUCGCAGGCCUGGGGAUGGGAUACAUUUUGGGUUGAAAUGCGUCAAAUCGUACCCAUUUUCAUUCAAAUGCACCCAGAUAUCAUAACUGUUAAAGCGAUGCUGCUGACUACAGACUCAGCCAAGCAACUGACCGUGGAUCCAACAGCAGGAUUUGCUUCCACCAAGCACUUGCUGAGAGCAGAGAGAUCAAACCCCCAAAUCAACUCUCAUGUGUAAUCACCUGUUCUUCUGUCGGGGACGAACUUACACCCUGUUGCA